AGGAAAAACAUAAUUAACGUUCUGCUAGUCUGAAAUUCAGAUUUGCAGUAAAGAUAUGGCCAAGACACAGAAAGAUGAUUUCUUUUCAGAAAAUUGUUGUUCAUUAUGGAAGCUAUGAAGUCUAAGGCAAACUGUACCCAGAACCCAAGUUGUACAAUCAUGACCUUCUACCCCACCGAAGAAGAAUUUAAUGACUUUUAUAAAUAUAUUGCCUAUAUGGAAUCUCAAGGUGCAUACCAAGCAGGUGUGGCCAAGAUAAUCCCCCCCAAGGGGUGGGAAGCCAGAAAGACCUACGAUGACAUCAGUGACAUCCUAAUCCCCACUCCCCUCCAAGAGGUGGUCUCAGGCAGGGCUGGUGUGUUCACUCAAUACCACAAGAACAAGGCCAUGAUGGUCGGGGAGUAUUGCCACCUGGCUAACAGUGCUAAGUAUCAGGCACCACCACACUCGGAUUUUGACGAUUUGGAGCAAAAAUACUGAAACACCCAGCUCUAUGGUUCACCGAUCUAUGGCUCUGACGUCAACGGCCCCUUAUUUGAUGAAAACACUAAGCAGCGGAACCUCAGACACCUGGGAACCAUUCAGGACCUGCUGGAGCAGGAGAGUGGGGUGGUCAUCGAAGGCGUCAACACGCCCUACCUGUACUUUGGCAUGUGGAAGACCACAUUCGCAUGGCACACGGAGGACAUGGACUUGUACAGCAUCAACUACAUGCACUUCGGGGAGCCCAAAACGUGGUACGUGGUGUGUCCGGAGCACCACCGGCUCCUGGAACGCCUGGCAGAGGAGCUCUUCCUGGCCAGCGCUUCCGGCUGUGGGGCCUUCCUGCGGCACAAGUUUGCCCUCAUGUUGCCCACUGUCCUCAGGGACAACGGAAUCCCCUUCAGUCGGGUCAUGCACGAGGCUGGCGACUUCAUACUGACAUUUCCCUACGGCUAAUACGCUGGCUUCAACCAUGGCUUCAACUGGGCGGAGGCCAUCAACUUCGCCACACCUCGCUGGAUCGAUUAUGGCAAAGCAGCCUCUCAGUGCAGCUGCGGGGAGGCCAGGGUCAGCUUUUCCAUGGGUGUCUUCGUGUGCACCCUGCGGCCCGAGAGCUAUGAGCUCCAGAAGCGCUGGCAGGAAUGGGCAGCAGUGAACCACUCAGCGGCAGUGAACCACGCAGCGCCCGUGGCGGCAGACAGCCAGGAGCCGGAUGCCUGGGAGCUGUGGGUGAUAAGGAUAGCCACGCUGGUCCUCCGGGACCUGCCGCCCUGCCGCGCGCUGCACCCUGCCCGGCAAGUGGCUGCAGGGCUAGGGGGCUGCCGCCAUGGCCCUAGGCUCCCCGCCUCUCAGCGCCGCUUGCGGGCCGCUGCUCCUCCCUCUGCAGCUCAGGGCGAGGACACUGCUUGUAGGUCCCCGGAGCGCGGCUCAACCCUGCUGACAACCCUGGGUCCAUCCGACCUGGGUCUCCACCCAACUGGCAGGCGUGGUCCUGGCUGUCAUCCUCCGGAGCAGGGGACUCAUGAGCUGACAGACGAGGCCCCGGCCAAGAAGCGCCUCUUGCUGAGCACAGCAUGCGCAGCUCAGGAUCCCCAUGCUCAGGCCCUGUCUUCGGACGGACCCUCACUGGACAACACUGCACCGCCGAGCCCUCCGUCCCCGCAUUCUGCUCAGGCUUCGGGGUGCUGCUGUGUCCCUGCACCCUAAGCCCAGGGGACAUUUGGUAGCCCGCUACUCUUAUGCGCGGAGGCUCCCUGAGACUGGGCACGUGUACACCUCAGAGACUUCCCAAUGUGCGGUGCUGCCACGGGACCUGCUGAGUCUGCAGUAUUUACGACAUACAGCUUAUUCUUCCUCCGAGACACCAUUACGUCUAUCAACACUGAUGAUUUCUCUGCUGCCAAUGAGGUUUCAUCCACUGGAUCCUUGUCUCUGCAAAUGAGGCCCACAGACACUGCCAAAGCCUGAUCUGCACCUAAACCCCCAUUCUCUCGGCCAGCUCUGGGUGCUGCUGCGAUUUGGAUGAAUCCUGGACUUUGGUUCCCCUCUGAUCUCUUCCCUUCCCUCUUUUCCUCUCCUCCCCACUUUCUUAGAAGACUAGGCCCUUUUGACCAGUUAGGUCUGUAGAGGUUCAGAAACUAAUUAUGUUUCUGAGUCA